UGCCUCGCCAUUGGCUGGACAAGGGCGCGGGGCGUGGCCUACAAGGAUCGCCCGGUUGUGUCCGGGUAAGAUGGCGUUGGAAGAGCAGUGCUCGGCACCACCCCGAUGGCGGUCGAUAUCGGUGACACACGUCGAGUUUCCUGAGGAUGAUUUGACGGGACAGGUGCUCGCCUACAUCAGCCUCUUUCCCAUUGCCAUCGUCGUGGGCUUUAUUACGCUCAUCGUGUUUAAACGGGAGCUGCACACAAUUUCCUUCUUCAGCGGUUUCCUCCUCAAUGAAGGACUGAACUGGAUGCUAAAGCGCAUUCUCAGAGAACCGCGGCCAUGUGCGGGAGCUCACUCGUUGCUGAGCUCGGAUUACGGGAUGCCCUCCAGUCAUUCCCAACUCAUCUGGUUCUUCGUUGUUUACUUCUUUCUUUUCCUUUAUUUAAGAAUGCAUCAAACGAACAACGCCCGAUGUGUGGACCUGCUUUGGAGACACAUCCUGUCCAUCAUCUUGCUAGGCAUCGCCUUGUCAGUCUCAUACAGCAGGGUCUACCUGCUGUAUCACACCUGGAGCCAGGUGUUCUACGGCGGAGUGGCCGGCAGCACCAUCGCCAUCGUCUGGUUCUUUCUGACACAAGAGGUGCUGACCCCAUUAUUCCCCAAAAUAGCAGCGUGGCCCGUGUCCGAGUACUUCCUGGUGCGCGACACUAGCCUGAUUCCCAACAUCUUGUGGUUUGAGUACACAGUGACCCGCUCAGAGGCCAGGAACAGACAACGAAAGCUCGGAACAAAACUACAGUGACGCGCCGGGCUUCUUUGUGAGCACACAUCUCAUGCGCGCGCACACACACACACACACACACACACACGCACUGGACAAGCGACAUCUGGACUUUUGACGCGGUUGCCAGGUAGAAAAAGGGCACAAAGCGCGUUCACACAUCUCAUCCUCGUGCAGCUUGCCUGUAUGCGCCUCAGUGCAUGCAAGACUGUGCAAGAGGCUAACUAUUUAAUCAUAGAUUAAUAUAUAUCUAUAGCUAUAUCUUUUAUCUCAACGCACGCUCGCAGUUACCGGAAUCAAAGAGCCAACACCACGGCUUUACUGAACAGGCAAACCAACCCCACACACAAAUCAACGGCAGGUGUCAUUGCAGCAUGUUUUUUUCUUUAUAAACAUGUACAGUCGUCCCUCAUUCAUCACGGUUAAUUAGUUCCACACCCGACCACGAUAAGAGAAUUUUCGUCAGGUGGGAUUCACUAUUAAUAAAUUGAAUAUUUUGUCUUUGGAGCAAAAAACAUCUGUUAAUAUGGGUUGUAACAUGAGAGCCCUCUAGACAUGAAAUAACACCCAUAUAGUUACGUUUACAUUCAUUAUUCUAUGUUUACAUCACAUUACGCAGGCUACGGGAUCACUGCAGGGAAAUAACAUAAUGGCCCCUGCUAGCACAGCAAGCCACUGAGCUAACUAGGUGGCCUCUUACUUAUUCUAAACUUAGUGUUUCAAAAGGAGCGGGGAAGUAGGACAAAGAAGCAAACCACUUCCACACGGAAUAAGAGGAGAACCUUUUUCCCUACUCAUUCUCAGCCAUGGCAUUAAUCUAAUGUCAUGUCUCAUAACAUUAGCGAUGGCUAGUGACCAGAAUAUUACAUAUGACUUGCCUUUCAAUAUUUUUUUGGCUAUUAUCAUUGGAUGUUAUCGUCCAAACAAAUUUUGCUGGACGAUAACGGUCCUACAACUUACUGCUUGCUGUUAUUUUGGGACCAUUUUAUCAUGACUGCAAUGAUAAUAUAAGGCAUAAUAAUGUGAGUGCACCGUAUCAAAAGCAAUAAACUUUCAUUUCUCAAGGGUAUUUGGAAUGUCAAGAGCUUUUAAAUCAAAUAAACAACAUCAUACACGAAAAAAAACAAUAGACUAAAAAUAAAAAGGACAGAAAUUGCACUUAUAUAAAAUAGACCCUGUCUUUAAGAGGGAAAAAAAGCACUCCAAUAAAAAGCACACAACAAUAAAAUGGAGCAAACAAAAAUAAAUAAUGAACAUUGGGUUUCAAUCCUUUCCAGGAAGGCUUGACAUGUAGCGAAUGACGGUCUGUGAGCGUUUUCUUUAUAUUAACUUUGCCGACCAGACACCUCAGGCGCAGCGGCACCUCAAGCGCCAGUUUUUGUGUGUGUUUUUCUUUUGUGUUUGAGGUGCGCAUGCAGGCUGGUGAUAUUCCGCUUCUUUGUCGUCACUACUUUCCAACAAAUCCCACAUAUCGGCUCGUUGGUGUUCCUGGGCUCUCCUUGUUCAUUCUCUUUCAAAAGGAAAUGGGGCCGUGUGGCAUUCACAGUACAGUACACUUUGUGUUUCGUUGCCUUGACUCUCUUUGAGGCUGCAGCGCUCGCUAGCUGGGACUCCAUCCUCUGGGACUUCAUUCCGCUAUAGAACCAACACGCCCAGGUGUUGUGACAGACGGAUGUUAAGUUAAUUUUUUUUUAUUUGUUAUUCUGUGAUUAGAUUUUUGUGACUAUCAAAUAUUUUUUUUAAAUCCCGAUUGAGUGAGGCAGCGAUAUUGGAACCGCGCUACAGUGAGGGACGACUGUACCAUGGCAGGUUUUCUUUUUCCUAAUUUCUGAAAUCGGUGAACUUGCGAUAUCCAUAAAAAGUGCACUUUAUAAACACCAGUCGCGUUAGGACGCGCCCCUUUUUCUUCGUCGUCUUCUAGCAUCCACCUGUUCUUCACUUCUUCUACCUUUCUAUCGCAGCUUUUCUAGACUGUCCUGAAACCUUUCCACGGGGUCUUUUUGAAUCCAAAUAUUCAGUUGGACACUUCCAGUGACAAUGAAUGAAGUCUACACCACAUAUCAUGGAAAAAAACAAGCAAGAGCUAAUAUCCGACUUCUUUUUGGUGACAUUUAUUCUUUUUUUGUUUGAGAGAUGAGAUGUAUAAAAUACACCCCAGUAACAGAUGCUGUAAGAUUAAAAAAAAAAAAGAUUUAAUUCACAACAAACCUCACGCAAAGCCGGCACAGCAAACGUCCACACGGUAAUCUAUUUUCUACUUGAGGUUUUCUUUUGGACCAAUGUGGUGUUUUUAAUGCCACGCCUCACGUAGUAGCAGCCUGGGAACACAUUUUUUUUUUAUUUAAUUUAAUUUUUUUCAAAAGAAAAACACUUUUGACCUGCUUUUCCAAGACAACAUUCCAUAUCAUGUAGGGAGCAUCUGACUGCCGACGGGAUGAGCCUUCCUUUUUUGUAUCAUUUUUUUUGACAAAAAAAGGGAAAAGUGACAGCGAGAAAAAAAAAAAAGCCUCAGGUCAGUCGUAGCAUGUGAUCAUGAUGAUAAUGAUGAGAAUGUCAUAUCAUUAGCACCACAAAGGGAAGUAGUUCUCUUAGGUUUUUUUUGUGUUUUUUUCAUGUGUAAUCUUUAUGGAGCUGAAUAAAUGUGUUUAUGUACA